AUGCGUCUCGCUGCUGCUGCUGUCGUGCUCGGCGCCGGUGCCAUCACCAGCGCCCAACUAUCCAGCAUCCCACAGUGCUCUCUUAGCUGUCUCACUUCGGCCCUUGGUGCGGACGGCUGCUCUGAGCUGACGGAUUUCGCAUGCCAUUGCCAAAAGACGGGCCUUGUGGAACAGGUUGUGCCCUGCGUCAAACAAGCUUGUGAUGUCAAGGACCAACAAGCUGUUUCCAGUGUCGUCGUAUCUUUGUGCUCUGGUGCUGGCCACCCGGUCUCUGUCCCGCCGGUGGACUCAUCGGCUCCCACAUCGACUGCUGCAGGAAGAGUUCCCACCACCACAUCGAGCAGCUCCAAUUCUACCACGGUCAGUGGUUUGGGCGGAAGCCCUCGGACUUCGUCUGCGGCCUCCAAGACUUCGACUAUGGGUUCCACGACUUCAUCCACGGUCAACACUGCUUCGCCUUCGAGCACCUCCCUAUCCAACGGGGCCUCUGGUAUUGGAUCCGGAGCUGCUCAGGUGGCUGGUACUGCCAUCCUGCUAGCCAGCAUGAUGUUCCUGGUCUAA